GGAGAGAAGCUGAAAAAAGCGGGUGGUACCUAAGUAGAAAAUAAACCUCGAUCUGAAAAUAGAGAAAAGUUUCGCGUCGCUACUUGCAGAAUCCAAAACCCUGCAACUCACUCUCGCGAACCCUAGCGUCGUCUACUCCAUCUUCUUUGCUCUUCAACUCAGUAGUAGCAAUAAUGGAAGAAGAAGAUGAUUAUGAGGAGUAUAUCCCUGUGGCCAAGCGUCGCGCCAUGGAAGCUCAGAAGAUUCUACAACGCAAAGGGAAAGCAACUGCUGCAAUCCAAGAAGAUGAUUCCGAGAAACUAAAAGUGGUUGAAACUAAGCCAAGUCUACUUGUUAAGGCAUCACAGUUGAAGAAAGAUCAACCUGAGAUCAGUGUCACAGAACAGAUUGUUCAACAAGAGAAGGAGAUGAUUGAGAAUUUGUCGGAUAAGAAAACCCUUAUGUCUGUUCGUGAAUUAGCGAAAGGGAUUACUUAUACUGAGCCUUUGCCUACUGGGUGGAAGCCUCCUUUGCAUAUAAGGAGGAUGUCGAAGAAGGAUUGUGAUUUGAUUCAGAAACAAUGGCAUAUAAUUGUUAACGGUGAAGAGAUUCCGCCCCCAAUUAAGAAUUUUAAGGAUAUGAGGUUUCCGGAUCCGAUUUUGAAGAUGUUGAAAACCAAGGGGAUUGUGCAGCCAACUCCUAUUCAGGUGCAGGGUCUUCCGGUUAUUUUAUCUGGGAGGGAUAUGAUUGGAAUUGCUUUUACGGGUUCUGGUAAAACUUUGGUUUUUGUGCUUCCGAUGAUUAUGAUGGCAAUGCAGGAGGAGAUUAUGAUGCCGAUUGUUCCUGGGGAAGGUCCGUUUGGUCUGAUUAUUUGUCCGUCAAGGGAAUUGGCUAGGCAAACUUAUGAAGUCAUUGAAGAAUUUUUGUUACCUUUGAAGGAAGCUGGAUAUCCGGAGCUCAGGCCUUUGCUUUGUAUCGGUGGAAUUGAUAUGAGAUCGCAGCUUGAGAUUGUCAAGAAGGGUGUUCAUAUAGUUGUUGCAACUCCCGGGAGGUUGAAGGAUAUGUUGGCCAAGAAGAAAAUGAAUCUCGAUAACUGCAGGUAUUUAACGUUAGAUGAGGCUGAUCGAUUGGUCGAUUUAGGAUUUGAAGAUGAUAUAAGAGAAGUUUUUGAUCACUUCAAAGCUCAAAGGCAAACUCUCCUAUUUUCUGCUACUAUGCCAACCAAAAUUCAGAACUUUGCUAGAAGUGCUUUGGUAAAACCUAUUAUUGUCAAUGUGGGACGUGCAGGGGCGGCAAAUCUCGAUGUUAUUCAGGAGGUAGAGUAUGUCAAGCAAGAGGCGAAAAUAGUUUACCUCCUUGAGUGCCUUCAGAAAACUCCACCCCCUGUUCUUAUAUUUUGUGAGAAUAAGGCUGAUGUUGAUGACAUUCAUGAGUAUCUUCUCUUGAAAGGAGUGGAAGCCGUGGCUAUUCAUGGAGGCAAGGAUCAGGAAGAGAGAGAGUAUGCCAUCUCAUCAUUUAAGGCUGGAAAGAAAGAUGUGUUGGUUGCAACUGAUGUUGCAUCCAAAGGUUUAGAUUUUCCUGAUAUUCAACAUGUCAUCAACUAUGACAUGCCAGCUGAAAUUGAAAAUUAUGUCCAUAGGAUUGGACGUACCGGAAGAUGUGGCAAAACUGGUAUAGCAACAACAUUUAUAAACAAAAACCAAAGUGAGACAACAUUGCUUGAUUUGAAACACCUUUUGCAAGAAGCUAAGCAGAGGAUCCCCCCUGUUUUGGCUGAGCUGGUUGAUCCAAUGGAAGAUAAUGAAGAAAUCACAGGCAUAAGUGGUGUCAAGGGCUGUGCAUAUUGUGGCGGGCUUGGUCAUCGUAUCCGUGAUUGUCCUAAAUUAGAACAUCAGAAGAGUGUAGCCAUUGCAAAUAAUAGAAAGGAUUAUUUUGGAUCUGGAGGUUACCGAGGGGAAAUUUGAAAGCUGUUGGUCCCUUGUUUACUAAUUUGUCUUUUAAUGCUUCUGGCUUAUAUCUGCAGAUUUUAAAAUUGUAUGCCAUGAAAUCUAAUUACAUUCCUUCCUAAUAUUUGCACUAGUGUUUAGGAUAUGUACCAGAUUUUCUUAGAAUACUAUUGGCCCAUGUACUAUCUGCAACAUUUAAAUUUUGUACCAUACUGAAUACCUGUAUUGGUGCUUUUGAUAAGAGUAGAAUGUUUGGACUGAACUGCAGAUUGAUUUUCAUCUGGUUGAUUCAGUGUAGUCAGGUGAUUUGUCUGUACCCGAUGCCUUCUGCACUCGUUUUUUGUCGAGAAUGUUAAUAUUGUUAUCAGAUAUGUUGCCACUUAGCAACGUUACAAUUCCAAAAAAAAUCUGUAAAAUGAA